GCGCGGACGGUCGGAGUCUGCGCAGAACGACCUCUGCAGCUGAGCAACUCAUCAUCAUCCAUCCGCUUGUUAAAGCGUGCGUCUAAACAGGUUUAAUAGAAGGUGCCAUGGCUGACGCCGCGAUCUCAUUCGCUAAAGACUUUCUAGCCGGCGGAGUUGCGGCUGCCAUUUCUAAAACAGCCGUCGCGCCAAUCGAGAGAGUGAAACUGCUUCUGCAGGUACAACAUGCCAGCAAGCAAAUCAGUGCUGACAAACAGUACAAAGGAAUUAUCGACUGUGUCGUGAGGAUUCCCAAAGAGCAAGGCUUUGCCUCCUUCUGGCGUGGCAAUCUAGCCAAUGUCAUCCGUUACUUCCCCACCCAAGCCCUCAACUUUGCCUUUAAGGACAAGUAUAAGCAGAUCUUCUUGGGUGGUGUUGACAAGCACACUCAAUUCUGGCGCUAUUUUGCUGGAAACCUGGCAUCUGGAGGUGCAGCAGGAGCCACGUCUCUUUGUUUUGUCUAUCCCCUCGACUUUGCCCGUACCCGUUUAGCAGCUGAUGUGGGAAAAGCCUCCUCCUCCAGAGAAUUCAACGGCCUGGGUGACUGCCUGACUAAGAUCUUCAGGUCUGAUGGAUUGCGAGGCCUGUAUCAGGGCUUUAAUGUGUCUGUGCAAGGCAUCAUCAUCUACAGGGCAGCUUAUUUUGGGAUCUAUGACACAGCCAAAGGCAUGCUUCCUGACCCUAAGAACACGCACAUUGUGGUUAGCUGGAUGAUUGCACAGAGCGUCACAGCAGUGGCUGGUGUGGUCUCUUACCCUUUUGACACCGUGAGGCGUCGCAUGAUGAUGCAGUCUGGACGCAAAGGAGCCGACAUUAUGUACACCGGGACGCUCGACUGCUGGAGGAAGAUUGCACGCGAUGAGGGCACCAAAGCAUUCUUCAAAGGAGCUUGGUCUAAUGUUCUCAGAGGCAUGGGAGGUGCUUUUGUGCUUGUGCUAUAUGAUGAAUUCAAGAAAUUUGUUUAAUCAUGCCAAGCAAGUAGUAAGAAUAAAAAAAUUGGAUAAAUAGAUCUAAUUGCUAAAGUUUGUCAUGCUUUCCCCAUUGUUCUCUGCAGUGUGUAGCUAGUUAUCUAUGUAAAAGGCCAGCAUAAAUCCUUUAUAUUAUUUAACCUGUGUAGCAUUUAUUUAAAAACUCUGAAUUAGUUUCUAUUAGUAUGUACUAAUGCACAAAUCUAUAUAGUAAUUUAUUUUUGUUGCACAUCUUUAAUAAAAUUGAGUUGGGAAUGUUAUUGUUUUCUUGUGUAUGAACACUUGUCACAACUUGAAUAAAAACAAGACUAUAAUCAUGUAAUAGGUUUUGACAUUACUUGUCAAUGGACCAGGCCCUAAUGUACUGGCGAGUAUACAGCAAUGGUUUAUCUUCACUAAUGUAGUGAGAAAAAUUGCAAGAUGCUACUUAAGGUCUCUAAUAACAAGAAUAUAAAAGCAGAUAAAGGAUCAAAUACAAAAGAUUAAAAUUUGAGCCAAGAAAUUUCUGUUUAUUUCUGUCAAAAGUUAGAUAAGCAUAGGCUUGGCUGGUUCAGAGAUGUAUUCAACAUGAAGCUUUAAUUAUCCUCUUUGCGAAUUGGAGAACGAUCAGCACAAUAAAUGGCUCCGACAUUGUUACCACAGAGCCAGAGAAAUGGCCUUCACAUUCAGAGCCUGGGUGACAUGACAAGUAGCCUUUUUUUGUGGAACACCGCUAAAAGUAUUUUCCUUCUCAAGCAAUAAGGAAGUCAUAUUUUCAUGGUGAUUUUCUUGUCAGUAUGUCAAGUUAUGUCAGGCUGAUCUCGAUUAAUAAGAUCCCAUUAUCAGGAAUGUGAACGUCCAGGUGAAAAGGACAGCAAUUUGUGUCCACAUGCGACAGUGAAAUGAGAUAUUGGCCAUCAUGUGAAAUAUGUUACAUUGAGAAACCACAUUUGCAGAGAUGUUAUUCUUGACUAAACAGCAGGAAUGCUUGUAAACACAAUAAAAGUAAAUACCUCAGA